UUUCGUAGGAACCACACAGAAGUGCACGGUCUGCGACAAAACCGCCUAUCCCGUCGAUAGGUUAACCGCCGACGGCCGUGUUUACCAUAAGGCUUGCUUCCGAUGCCACCAUUGCCGUAAUACCCUCAAGAAGAAGAAGAAGAAGAAAAAGAAGAAAUUGAAAUGAUGGUGACGAAGGUGUUUGUUUUGAGAACGCAGCUAAGCAACUACUGUUCAUUUGAGGGGGUGCUGUAUUGCAGACCCCAUUAUGAUCAACUCUACAAGCGAACUGGUAGCCUCGACAAGAGCUUUGAAGGAACACCCAAGAUUCUGAAACAUGAAAAAGUACAAACUGAGAAUGAGAAUGCAAAGAUUCUCUCAAAUGUGUUCUUGGGCACCAAAGACAAAUGUGCAGGUUGCCAGAAGACAGUUUAUCCCACUGAGAGGGUAACAGUGAAUGGGACUCCAUAUCACAAAGGAUGCUUCAAGUGCAGCCAUGGAGGUUGCACCAUAACGUCAGCCAAUUUCAUCUCGCAUGAGGGAAAGCUAUACUGCAAACACCAUCACAUCCAACUUUUCAAAGAAAAAGGCAAUUACAGUCAGCUUGACGGCGACCGUGCCGGCAACCCUUCCUUGAAAGAAAACGAUGAACGUGUAGGAGAGGCACAACUGUUUGAUGGAGAACAAGGUUGCAAUGAUGACUGUACCUCGUUAUGUGAAACAGAAACUUCGUUGGUCUCGAGGGAUUCUUCCCCAACAUGGCAUGAAAAUGCUUCUUGUUCAUCUUCUCGCGGGUUUGUUUCUGAAUCUGACGUGGAUCAGCUUGCAGGGGAUGUUAUUCCGAUGAGUCAUUCAGAGAGCGAGGGGAAGAAUCGAGACCCACAGAAUGUGCUUGAAAAACUGAACUUUCAGCUGUUAGAUACAAAUGGAAGGGAGAUGAAAAUAAAAGUGACAUACAGGACUUUUGAGAAGAAGAAAAAGAAAUCUAGAAAGGAGUCAAAUUCCUCACUCAACUCAUGUGCAGGUGAAAAGGGAAGGAAUGGCAAGUCUGUUAAGUCAUGAGGAUCUAAUCCUUGUUCCCUAGCUCGAAAUGAGUUGAUGUCUAUGGUUUAGGAAAUACUUUAAAAUGUAGGACGAAGUUAAACAAGAGAUCAUUAGUGGGGUGGUUUCCCUUGGACAUGAACUCGAUGACAGAAUGAUUAAGAGAAAGUAUGCUGUCCAACAAAAUGGAUUGGCUUUAAGCUAAAUCCUCUACAUUUAUGUUCACACACACACAAAGAGGAAGACAUAAAAGAGUGACUAUAUAUGGCCUAUAUUCUCUUGACAUUUAUUCUCUCUGAGUUUAUUAUGUACAGCCAUUUUUUAGAGGGAAAAGUAUCCGGAUUGGUUUAGAUGCCAUGUUUGGGAUUGCUGCUACUCAUCAUGCAAGAACCCAGGAAAGUUAUCUGUAGGUCCAUCCUUCUCUCAAAUUUUGCCUUGGAAUACACAAUAUAACUUGACAAAAUCUUUUUGUAAGGCUCCUUUGAAGGUGAAGGCUUUUGUGUGGAUUGUGGUUAUUGAAUUGAACUAACACAAAUGAUGUGUUUCAAACUGAGAGGUCCAAUCCACUACAAUAUCCCCAAGAUGUUUGUGUGAUUAUGCUUCACAUGGUGGUUUUUGAUGAGGCGAACAUUUGAUUUGCAUUAUAAGGUGAUUUGGCAUAUCUGAGCAUGUCCAGCAAAUCUACUUUAGCUUUUAUUGAGUUUGAAAGAAAAUGUGUCUAAUGUGGGGUUCAUGGAAAAGAAUUUUUGAUGUCCUUCGUGAGGAUCUUAACUAAUUGGGGUUUUAGGGGAUAGCCAUGUGGAUUUAAAAUGGAAUUGUAAAGUUCCUCUGAACCGAAAAUUGUAUA